AUGGCAGUUUUCCACGAUGAAGUCGAAAUUGAGGAUUUUGAAUUUGAUGAGGAAAAUGGCCUUUAUCACUACCCAUGUCCGUGUGGAGACCGCUUCGAGAUCACCAAGUUGGUUGAGAUUAUUUUUUUUUGUGGUUACCUUCUUUUGCCGUAGGGAAAUGCUGGAGAUGGGCGAAGACGUGGCAACGUGUCCCAGCUGUUCGCUCAUAAUUCGCGUCAUCUACGACCCCGAGGACUUCGUUCUUCUCGAGACCCUUUCAAUAUCAUCACCGCAGCCUUUGGCAGAGCCUGUGUGA